CACACCCACAACUUCCGGCGUAACAUUUUACUUGGCGGGACGCGUGUAAUACAAACUUUCCCAGCCUCGGACCACCGUCGGAGGACAGCAGCAGACUGUAAUGUCCAAAACUUUGAACACAACCGUAGAGAGGAAACGCCCGCCGCCCGUUAAAGUGCUGUCCGGUCAGCUGAGGACGGCGGAGAACUGGGGGACCGCCGACAGCGGAGAUGGGUGUGUUAUCAGGCUGGGCAGGGGUCGCUCUCUGCCGGUCUCACUGGUGUGGAUGCAGGGAACUGUACUGGAGGUCCAGUUGGACAGAAACACCGUGCUGCUGAUGGAUGAGACGGGGACCUUUGCUGUUCAAGGUGUCAACAACAUCCCCAAGGGGAAGCCAUGUUUGUCCCAAGGCAAAUAUGUCAUGGUGAUGGGUGUCAUCCAGGCCGUCUCCCCGGAGCCAGUCAUCCGUGCAGUGAAGAUGGCAGACCUCUCCGAGCUCGCCGCGCUUCACAGGCGGAUGUGGAAGCUGGAGGUGGAGGACCUGCAGCAGGUGCUGGCCUGAAUGCAGAGCUGUUGGUGGAAAUUCCACCUUCCCUGGUGGCAGUACGACCUGCUCCUGUCAUGUCUGUGCAGCUGGGUAGGCAGUAUUUAAGGGAUUCUUGACAAAUGGAGGGAAAAAAAACUCCGGACUGAACGGCACAUUCUCCUAAGAUGUCAGGAUACUGACCGGGAGGUGUGAUGCAAGAGUGACAAAGACAUGACAUGACAUGGGAAAGCUGUAUUUACACUGUGACGUGUGACACAGUUAAAUAAUAGAAGUUAUUUCUCACAUGACUCCUACUCCGAGGAGGUCAGUCUUAUAGAGAAGAAGUAGAGCUGUAGGACUAAUGCUGGAUUUCUAUUUCUAUGUUCUGAGGUUUUACGGUGUAAUAAACAUGUACCUGAAGUGCACCUCUUGAGGAUAAUUGCCAACAUACAGAUAAAACACACAAGUUUUCCAGCUAAAGGAAUAACCUUACCAACCAUCCUCCUUUUAAAUAAUUAUUCUGCAGGAGGAGAAUAACACCAUCCAGGUACGGGGGCAUCUUGUAUCAUUAACUUAUCUUUGGAAAUGUCAUGUCAGAUUAUAUCACUAGCGUAAUGUUUUGUAAUAAUUUGGUAUUCAUUUGAAUAUAAGAUGCCAGAUGGUUUUACAAAUAUUCAAUAAAGAUGACAGAUGAUUUUCAAGUA